CUCCAACGCCGACGACUAUGCCAACCUCCGUGAUUAUCACAGAUGACUAGGCCGGCGUGGGGCAGUAUCUGUAAACCUCCUAUGGCUGCAAAAUCUAUCUCACCCCAAAACUAAGAUGAAGAUGGUGCUUGGGCUGAGCUUAAGCAUGUCCACCCCCAAUUUCCUUCUCCUCCUCGUCUUCGUCGUCUCCGCUACCGCUGCUUCCUCUUCCUUCACCGGAGUCCAUGCCGGCGUCGCCUGCGCGCCCAAGGAGAGGGAAGCCCUCCUGGCGUUCAAGCAGGGCAUCACCGGCGACCCGGGGGACCUCUUGGCAACAUGGAAGUCGGAUGAACCUGACUGCUGCCGGUGGGGAGGAGUCCAGUGCAGCAACCUGACGGGCCAUGUCCUCCAGCUCCACCUCGGUGAAGGAGGCCUGACCGGCGAGAUAAGUCGUUCCCUGCUCUCCUUGCAGCACCUGGAACUUCUAGACCUCAACGGCCUCCAGGGACCAGCCGGCGAGAUCCCGGAGUUCCUAGGCUCCUUCAAGAACCUAAGGUAUCUCGACCUCUCGGGCAUACCGUUCUCCGGUGCGGUGCCGCCGCAGCUUGGGAAUCUCUCAAAGCUACACCACCUUGAUCUCUCGACGAGCUGGGUCUUGCAGCAGCAGUUGCACUGCACUGAUCUCUCGUGGUUGAGACACAUGCCUUUGUUGCAGCAUCUCGGCAUGGACUGGGUGAAUCUCGGCCGGGCAGAUGACUGGCCGUACCUGGUGAACAUGCUUCCCUCUUUGAAGGUCCUAAGUCUUUCCGGUUGCUCCCUAACCAGCGCAAACCAAUCGCUCCCGCGCCUCAACCUUACAAACCUUGAGGAGCUUGAUCUUUCCUGCAAUGCCUUUGACCACCCAGUUGCAUCCUGCUGGUUUUGGAACGUGACGAGUCUGAAGCACCUCUACCUGGAUGCAACUUCCCUUCACGGACAGCUUCCAAGAACGCUGGGAGACAUGGUAUCCCUUCAAGUGCUAGAAAUGUGCUGCAAUCGUAAUCGGUUGAGCACCGAGACGACGACCUUGGAGAAACUUUGCAACUUGACGGUUGUACACCUUGAUGCAUCUCUCUCGUAUGGAAAUGUAGCAGAACUGUUUGAGAGGUUGCCGCAGUGUUCAUCGAACAGGUUGCAGGAGUUGCAUCUGCGGUCAAUCAACCUGGGAGGGUCCCUACCAAACUCCAUGGGGCAUUUGGCCAGUUUAGUCAUUCUUCAACUCCAUGGGAACAACAUCACAGGGUCUGUCCCAGCGUUCAUAGGGAAUUUCACGAAUCUGAAGACCCUGGACCUCUCUGCUAAUCACCUUACUGGACAUGUGCCAUCUGAAAUAGGUAUGCUGGGCAAUUUAACUAAACUGGAUCUAGGACACAAUGACUUGGAUGGCCUAAUCACGGAAGAACACAUGGAUGGUUUACAAAGCUUGAAAUACAUGUAUUUAUCCGAUAAUCAAUUGAAACUUGUGGUGGGUUCAGAAUGGGUACCUACCUUCAGGCUACAGGAAGCAGUUUUUGCAUCUUGCCAGAUGGGUCCUUCAUUCCCCUUAUGGCUUAAAUCGCAAGUGGAUCUUCUUUCGCUCGAUAUCUCAAGCACAGGUAUAAGAGCUAGGCUGCCAGAUUGGUUUUGCAAUGCAUUUUCAAGGGUUGUAAACUUGGACAUCUCCAAUAAUCAAAUCAGCGGUGGCGUGCCAAUAAAUAUGGAUAUCAUGUCGCUGGAAUAUCUAUAUUCUAGUUCAAACAAUUUGACCGGUCCAAUACCUCAAUUACCAAGAAACCUUAGCUUGUUGGAUAUCUCAAGAAACGCUUUAUCAGGACCGUGGCCCUUGCCAUCAGAUUCUGGAGCACCAAAGCUAAGAGGGAUUAUAUUGUAUUCUAAUUACAUUAGAGGUCAGAUCCCAACAUCUAUAUGUGAAUUGGGCUUGUAUGCAUUGGAUUUGGCCAAUAAUCUUUUUGAAGGAGGACUCCCAAAAUGUUUAAAUAUGACAGAUAUGGCAUACCUAUUAUUGAGUAACAAUAGCUUCUCUGGAAAAUUCCCAACAGUUCUACGAACCUGCACAAGUCUAUCUUUUCUUGAUCUAUCACAUAAUAGAUUCUCUGGAACAUUGCCCAUGUGGAUCGGGAGUUUUAGGUCAUUACAGUUUUUGCGACUGAAUCACAAUAUGUUCUAUGGGAAUAUUCCGAGAAAUAUUACUGCUCUCACAAAUCUUUAUCAUUUGAAUCUUGCAGCCAAUUGGAUAUCAGGUGUCAUACCUCCGCAACUCUCAAGUUUAACGUUCAUGACAAGAAGAUAUAUACUGGAUCCUGAUGAAAUCAUCCAUGGGUUCCAAGUAAUAAUUGGUGAGUUAUCAAUAGAAACCAAGAGGCAGCAACUAAAUUACCGAGGUUAUGGUGCUUUGGAGAUAAUGAACAUUGACUUCUCAUCCAACUAUUUAACCGGUAAAAUUCCAGAGGAAAUAACAUCUCUGGCUGGACUGGUAGAUAUGAAUUUAUCUCGGAACCAAUUGAAUGGAGAAGUUCCAGACAAGAUUGGGGCCAUGCAGUCAUUGGAGUCACUCGAUCUUUCCAAUAACAAUCUUUUAGGAGAAAUCCCAUCAAGCAUAUCAAAUUUGACAUACUUAAGCAUUUUGGACUUGUCUAACAAUAAUAUGACAGGAAGAAUACCAUCAGGACGUCAACUUGACACACUCUACAUGAAUAAUCCCUCAAUGUAUGACGGAAAUAUUGGUCUAUGUGGGCCUCCUAUUCAAAGGAACUGCCCGAGCAAUAACACAUCUGCACAUGGAGAUGAGAAGAGAGAUGAAAACCGUUCUAAGCCAAUGUCCUUGUACUUUGGACUUGGCAUCGGAUAUGUCGUUGGUCUCUGGGUGGUUUUUUGUGCCCUAUUGUUCCACAAAGCCUUGAGGAUUGCUUAUUUUCUCCUACUUGAUAAGUUCUAUGAUGGAAUUUAUGUCUUUGUGGUUGUAACUUGGAAAAGGUAUGUAAGAAAGGCAGACAUAAGCUAAGUGCUUAUAUAUCUACUGAGGCUUUAGGGUACUGGCCACUGGAAUCGAGUGCCAUGAAUACUUGAGGGAAAAUCGACAGUGAAGUUUUUAACACCUAUAGGUUGUGCAUCUUGUUUUCAUCGAAGUUUGGAGUGAUGAAUGUUUGUGGAAAGUCGAUAAUGCAUACACAAUAUUACUAAUAAAACACAAUGCAAUGAACCGAGUGAUUUUGUUUU